AUGGCGAUUGUAUCAUUGACCUCAUUAAGGUUAUUAAAGAAAACCCAUUUUCUGGUCUCCUUUAUUCCCGACAAAUCGAUCGAUCGAUUUUGCUCAUCUCCUUUGGCGAUGGAUGAAGUAUUUGAGCCGGUUACAUUCGACAUUCAAGUUGAUGAUUUUGUAAAAGCCAAAGCAGUUUCAAGAUGCAAAGAUGAAUUCGUUAAUGUUCUUUGUGAAGACAAUGACGACGAACCAGUGGAAGAUAGUGAUGAAGAUGAAAUUGUAUACUCCAUCCAUAAUCCGAAGGUCAAAUGGAAUGUGAUGAAACCAAUUAUUGGAGAAAGGGCAUUGUCCUUAAUUGAUGGCAAAUUGAGUGACCAUUAUGCUAGAGUGUGGGAUUAUGGACAUGAACUGAUGAGGUCCAAUCCAGGAAGCACAGUUAGGAUUUCUGUUAAUAUUAAUCCUGAUCAGACUACAACUUUUCAUAGAGUAUAUGUGUGCUUUAAAGCAAUCAAAGAUGGGUGGAAGAUAGGAUUUCGUAGGGUUAUAGGGUUGGAUGGGUUUUUUUUUGAAGGUUCAAUGCAAUGGAAAGUGUAUAAUGGAUCUGGAGGAAGAGGCAAGAGAGGUAGAGGUAUUGGAUGUGGUUUGAAAGGGAAUACAAAAUUUGGUGAGGGAAAUACUAAUCUUGAUGAAGAAAAUGUGGUGACUCCUACUGCUGAGAGUGAUAAUGAAGAGGCUAGAGAUGUGGAGAGUCCUAAAUUUGAUGAUUAA